AUGAAGAAGAAGCUCCUUGCAGUGAUUGGUGGAUUAGAUUCUCUUACAUCUCUUGAUAUGGCAAUUUUCCUGGAUAUCUACAAGAUUCCUCAGCUCCAUCACUUUUUAAGACAGGUCACAUUUAAUAACAGUGUUGGAUACAAGAUUUCCUUUGACCAAGAUGGAAAGUUAAUUGCUGGAUUUGAUAUCAUUAAUUUUAUUCUUUCUAAAAAGAUAACAAAAGUAAAAAUUGGAAGGAUAGACCCUCAGUCUUCUACAGAUCAAUCAUUCUUCAUUAAGGAAGAUGCCAUAACAUGGCACAGCUGGUUUAAUCAGACACGUCCUGUUUCCCUAUGUACACCAAGCUGUUAUCCAGGGUCCAGGAAACAGGUCAUGGAUGGGGAGCCAUUUUGCUGUUACACUUGCAUGUCAUGUCCAGAAGGAAAGAUUUCGGAAAAGGAGGAUAUGAAUCACUGCUAUAGUUGCACAAAAGAAAAAUAUCCCAGCAAAAACCAGGAUUCAUGUAUUCCCAAGGACAUAAGUUUUUUGUCUUAUAAAGAACCUUUGGGAGUCAGUUUAGCCUGUUUUUCUCUUCUCUGUUCCACAAUCACAAUUCUCAUACUAAGGAUAUUUAUGAUGCAUCACAACUCUCCCAUUGUCAAGGCCAGCAACCAGAAUCUUACCUACAUGCUCCUGAUCACCCUCCUGCUCUGCUUCCUUUGUGCAUUGCUAUUCAUUGGUCAGCCAAACAAGGUGGCAUGUAUUCUCCGACAAACUACUUUCAGCAUCAUCUUCUCUGUGGCUAUUUCCUGUGUGCUGGCCAAAACUGUGACUGUGGUCCUGGCUUUCGUAGCAACAAAGCCAGGAAGUGGGAUAAAAAAGUGGGUGGGGAAAAAACUGGGCUACACUUUUGUUUUAACUGGCUUCUUAAUUCAGGUAGGGAUUUGCACUGUAUGGUUGUCCAUCUCUCCUCCUAUUCCCAAUCCUGACCUGUACUCAGAGACUGAAAACAUUGUCCUACAAUGUAAAGAAGGUUCCAUUAUUAUGUUUUACUGUGCAAAGUGUUAUAUGGGCUUCUUGGCCAUGAUCAGCUUCAUAGUGGCUUUCUUUGCCAGAAAUUUACCAGACACUUUUAAUGAAGCCAGGUUCAUCACUUUCAGCAUGUUGGUCUUCUGCAGUGUUUGGAUAUCCUUCAUUCCAACCUACCUGAGCACCAAGGGGAAAUACAUGGUGGCUGUGGAGAUCUUUUCAAUGUUAGCAUCAAGUGCUGGGCUUCUGAUUUGCAUCUUUUUUCCCAAAUGCUACAUUAUUGUUCUGAGACCAGAUUUGAACAACAGACAGCUAAGAAGACAGAGGAAGUAG